GCCAAGGCCGGCGCCGUGGACCCGCUCGUCGACCUCCUCCGGACCGGCACCGACGGCGCCAAGGAGGGGGCCGCGGCGACUUUGUGGAGCUUGGCUUUUCAGAACGCCGAGAACACGGUCGCCAUCGCCAAGGCCGGCGCCGUGGAUCCGCUCGUCGACCUCCUUCGGAGCGGCACCGACGGCGCCAAGGAGCAGGCCGCGGGGGCUUUGCGGGAAUUGGCUCGUGAAAUCGCCGAGAGCAGGGUCGCCAUCGCCAAGGCCGGCGCCGCGGACCCGCUCGUCGGCCUCCUCCGGACCGGCACCGACGGGAUCAAGUUGCAGGCCGCGGCGGCUUUGCGGAACUUGGCUUCUCAGAACGCCGAGAACACGGUCGCCAUCGCCAAGGCCGGCGCCGUGGAUCCGCUCGUCGACCUCCUCCGGACCGGCGCCGACGGCGCCAAGGAGGACGCCGCGGGGGCUUUGCGGAACUUGGCUGCGAACGCCGACAACCAGGUCGCCAUCGCCAAGGCCGGCGCCGUGGAUCCGCUCGUCGACCUCCUCCGGACCGGCACCGACGGCGCCAAGGAGCAGGCCGCGGCGGCUUUGGACAACUUGGCUCUUGGGAACGCCGAGAACAAGGUCGCCAUCGCCAAGGCCGGCGCCGUGGAUCCGCUCGUCGACCUCCUCCGGACCGGCACCGACGGCGCCAAGCAGCAGGCCGCGGGGGCUUUGUGCAACUUGGCUGCGAACGCCGACAACAAGAUCGACAUCGCCAAGGCCGGCGCCGUGGACCCGCUCGUCGACCUCCUCCGGACCGGCACCGACGGCGCCAAGGAGGAGGCCGCGGGGGCUUUGUGCAACUUGGCUUGGGAGAACGCCGACAACCAGGUCGCCAUCGCCAAGGCCGGCGCCGUGGAUCCGCUCGUCGACCUCCUCCGGACCGGCACCGACGGCGCCAAGGAGGACGCCGCGGGGGCUUUGGACAACUUGGCUCUUGGGAACGCCGAGAACACGGUCGCCAUCGCCAAGGCCGGCGCCGUGGAUCCGCUCGUCGACCUCCUCCGGACCGGCACCGACGGCGCCAAGGAGCAGGCCGCGGCGGCUUUGCGGAACUUGUCUGCGAACAACGACGACAACAAGAUCGACAUCGUCAAGGCCGGCGCCGCGGACCUGCUCAUCGACCUCCUCCGGACCGGCACCGACGGCGCCAAGGAGCAGGCCGCCGGGGCUUUAUCGAACUUGUGUAAAUCAUCCCCGUAG